GAUUAGAUUUAUGCCUGUUCUUGGAAGACACUACUGACUAAAUAGUUGAUAGAAUAGUCAUUAUUCUAAUAUCUUGAAUAGGGUUCUGGAAAACCCCGGUGAAAGAAAAUGAAACUGAAAGUAACCUCAUUGUGGGGGAAUACCUUCAUUGCUAUGAAAAAGACUGCAGGAUAAAUCGAUUUACUUUUGAACUUUUGAUUUAAAACUCAAUCAAAAGCUGCUGUUUAAUUGUAGGCUAAAAUAUGUCCAAACUUCUGGUGUGUGUUCUUGCUGUGGUCACGGAUUUGCUGGUGGUGUAUGUGCUGGAUUUGGCAAGCACACAGCUGAGAAGUGAAGAGAGGAGUUUGGAUGGUGGGGAUUCCUUGCUGAGGCAGUGGACUGAGGCUGUGCUGAGAUGCUCACUGCUCUGCGCAAUCUUCUACUGGAGUGAUGUUAGAGGGUCCCUGAUGAAGCGGUGGAUUUUGGCUCACUGUUUUCUCAAUCCUGUGUAUGAAACAGGUCGUUUAACUGUUUUUGGUGGCUGGCCGCUGGAGAAGUUUGCUAUGUGGCUGGUCGGCAGUGUGUCUGCUGCUUUGGGAUGCCUGUUUUGGGAGACCCUCUUUCCAGAAUCUAACGGGGAAAGCAGCAGCAAAGAAAACAAGCAGAAAGCUCGAGUGCUCUUCAUGAGAGUGAUCCGCCUCUACAAACCUGACUAUCUGUUCUUAAUUGGGGCAUCUGUAUUUCUAGCCUUAGCUGUCCUCUGUGAGAUGUUUAUCCCACUAUACACAGGAAAGCUGAUUGAUAUCCUGCAGACUGAAUACAGCUGGAAUGAAUUUCUUUCAACAAUAAUAUUAAUGACAUUUUUCUCUUUUGGGAGUUCUUUCAGUGCAGGUUGUCGUGGAGGCCUGUUCACAUGUGCAAUUGGCAGAUUUGUCUCCAGAGUGAAGCAUCAACUCUUCAGCUGCUUGCUUAAACAGGAAAUUGGCUUCUUUGAGACUACAAAAACAGGUGACAUGACAUCCAGAUUGUCCACAGACACCAAUCUCAUGGCCGACGCUGUAGCUCUGAAUGUGAACGUCCUUCUUCGGACCCUGAUUAAGACCCUCGGGAUGCUGUAUCUGAUGUUUAAUCUUUCCUGGAAGCUCACUGUAUUGACACUGAUGGAAACGCCUUUGACUGGGCUGCUGCAGAACAUCUAUGACACACACUACCAGAGACUCUUAAAGAUGGUGCAGGACUCUAUUGCAAGAGCAAAUGAUGCUGCAGGACAAGCUGUCUCAGGCAUCAGGACAGUAAAGAGUUUUAAUGCAAAGCAGAGUGAGAAGUGUCGCUAUGAUGAACGACUGAUGGACACGCAUAAUAUAAAGACUCGACGGGACACAGUCAGAGCAGUGUACCUGCUGGUGAGAAGGCUUACAGAGUUGGGAGUCAAGGUGGCUAUGUUAUACUAUGGUCAUCUGUUUGUAACAUAUAAACAGAUGACAAUGGGAAAUUUGGUGUCAUUCAUCCUUUACCAGUCAGAUCUUGGGGACAAUAUUAGGACUUUAAUUUACAUAUUUGGAGACAUGCUGAACUCUGUUGGUGCUGCUGGGAAGGUGUUUGAGUACCUGGACCGCAAGCCUGAAAUGACGACUGAUGGGACUCUGGAGCUAGAGGAAAUGAAGGGACACAUCAGCUUUCAUAACAUCACCUUCUCUUACCCAACACGUCCUGACCGAAAUGUGCUGGAGGACUUCAGUUUGGAGCUGAAACCUGGUAAAAUGACUGCCCUGGUUGGGAUUUCUGGUGGUGGGAAAAGCACUUGUGUUAGUUUGCUGCAAAGGUUUUAUCAGCCUCAGCAGGGAGAGAUCCUGCUAGAUGGACAGCCUCUGCAGAACUACCAGCACAGAUACCUGCAUGGCAAGAUUGUAGCAGUGGGCCAGGAGCCUGUUCUCUUCUCCGGUACCGUGCGGGACAAUAUUGCUUACGGACUGCCAGACUGUUCACUUGAGAGAAUUGAGGAGGCAGCACGCAAAGCCAAUGCACAUGAAUUCAUCUGUCAGUUACAGAAAGGUUAUGACACAGACGUAGGUGAACGAGGAAGUCUUCUUGGUAGCAGUCAGAGGCAGCGCAUUGCGAUUGCCAGAGCUCUAAUCAGAGAGCCACAGGUUAUAUUACUGGAUGAGAUCACAAGCUUUCUAGAUCCUAAGAGUGAACAAAUGGUUCAACAAGCUCUGGCCAACUGCCCCAAACAGACCUUACUGGUGAUUGCACACAAGCUGAAGACCAUUGAGAAGGCAGACCAGAUUGUCGUGAUUGACAAGGGGGGGGUUUUGGAGCAAGGCAGUCAUGAGGAACUCAUGAGGAAUAAAGGACAUUACUACAAACUCAAAGAGAAACUCUUUACUGAAAAUAACAGAAACAUUUAUAGAUGCUACAAUAUGUCCAAACUUCUGGUGUGUGUUCUUGCUGUGGUCACGGAUUUGCUGGUGGUGUAUGUGCUGGAUUUGGCCAGCACACAGCUGAGAAGUGAAGAGAGGGGUUUAGAUGGUGGAUAUGCCUUGCUGAGGCAGUGGACUGAGGCUGUGCUGAGAUGCUCACUGCUCUGCACAAUCUUCUACUGGAGUGAUGUUAGAGGGUCCCUGGUGAAGCGGUGGAUUUUGGCUCACUGUUUUCUCAAUCCUGUGUAUGAAACAGGUCGUUUAACUGUGUUUGGUGGCUGGCCGCUGGAGAAGUUUGCUAUGUGGCUGGUCGGCAGUGUGUCUGCUGCUUUGGGAUGCCUGUUUUGGGAGACCCUCUUUCCAGAAUCUAACGGGGAAAGCAGCAGCAAAGAAAACAAGCAGAAAGCUCGAGUGCUCUUCAUGAGAGUGAUCCGCCUCUACAAACCUGACUAUCUGUUCUUAAUCGGAGCAUCUGUAUUUCUAGCCUUAGCUGUCCUCUGUGAGAUGUUUAUCCCACUAUACACAGGAAAGCUGAUUGAUAUCCUGCAGACUGAAUACAGCUGGGAUGAAUUUCUUUCAACAAUUAUAUUAAUGACAUUUUUCUCUUUUGGGAGUUCUUUCAGUGCAGGUUGUCGUGGAGGCCUGUUCAUGUGUGCAAUUGGCAGAUUUAUCUCCAGAGUGAAGCAUCAACUCUUCAGCUGCUUGCUUAAACAGGAAAUUGGCUUCUUUGAGACUACAAAAACAGGUGACAUCACUUCCAGAUUGUCCACAGACACCAAUCUUAUGGCACGAGCUGUUGCACUAAACGUGAACGUUCUUCUUCGGACCCUGAUUAAGACCUUGGGGAUGUUAUACCUGAUGUGUAGUCUCUCCUGGAAGCUCACUGUACUAACACUGAUGGAGACGCCUUUGACUGGACUGCUACAGAACAUUUAUGACACACAUUACCAGAAACUCUCAAAGAAGGUGCAGGACUCCAUAGCAAGGGCAAAUGAUGCUGCAGGAGAGGCUGUGUCAGGCAUCAGGACAGUAACAAGCUUUAAUGCAAAGCAGAGCGAGAAGUGUCGCUAUGAUGUGCGGCUGAUGGACACACAUAAUAUAAAGACUCAGCGGGACACAGUCAGAGCAAUGUACCUGCUGGUGAGAAGGCUCACAGAGUUGGGAGUGAAGGUGGCAAUGCUAUACUAUGGCCACUUGUUCGUAACGUAUGGACAGAUGACUACGGGAAAUCUGGUCUCAUUCAUUCUCUAUCAUUCAGAUCUUGGGGACAAUAUCAGGACUUUGAUUUACAUAUUUGGAGACAUGCUGAACUCUGUGGGUGCUGCUGGGAAGGUGUUUGAGUACCUGGACCGCAAGUCUGAAGUGAGGACAGAUGGGACCCAGGAGCCAAAGGAUUUAAAGGGACACAUCAACUUCCAGAACAUCACCUUCUCUUAUCCAACACGUCCUGACCACAGUGUGCUGGAGGACUUCAGUUUGGAGCUGAAACCUGGUAAAAUGACUGCUCUGGUGGGAAUUUCUGGUGGUGGGAAAAGCACUUGCGUCAGUCUGCUGCAGAGGUUUUACCAGCCUCAGCAUGGACAGAUCCUGCUCGAUGAACAUCCUCUGCAGAACUACCAACACAAAUACCUGCACAGCAAGAUUGUAGCAGUGGGCCAGGAGCCUGUUCUCUUCUCAGGUACCGUACGGGACAAUAUUGCUUACGGACUGCCAGACUGUUCACUUGAGAGAAUUAAGGAGGCAGCACGCAAAGCCAAUGCACAUGAAUUCAUCUGUCGGUUACCGAAAGGUUAUGACACAGACGUAGGUGAACGAGGAAGUCUUCUUGGUAGCAGUCAGAGGCAGCGCAUUGCGAUUGCCAGAGCUCUAAUCAGAGAGCCACAGGUUAUAUUACUGGAUGAGAUCACAAGCUUUCUGGAUCCUACAAGUGAACAAACGGUCCAACAAGCUCUGGCCAACUGCCACAACCAGACCUUACUGGUGAUUGCACACAGGCUGAAGACCAUUGAGAAGGCAGACAAGAUUAUUGUGAUUGACCAGGGGGUUAUUUUGGAGCAAGGCAGUCAUGAGGAACUCAUGAGGAAUGAAGGACAUUACUACAAACUGAAAGAGAAACUCUUUACUGAAAAUAACAGUAAGAGUUAAAGAUAUGUGGGUCUAUACUGUAUACUUUACAGGCACUGGCAUGUCAUCAGUAUACAGUUCAACAGUAGUAAUCAUACACAGCUAUAGUUUUUUUGGCAUUCUGCAUUGUUUCCAAUGUUUUCUGAGCUACACGGGCUUCUGCAUUGGUCAUUAUACUGUAAGAUCUAUAUGCUGGUAUGUGUUGGAAGGUAUAAUAAUAGUAUGUAAAAUAAGGAGAAAUUAGUUCUGACUUUUGUAAGAUUUAUUUGUUUUAUGAAUAUAUACUCUAGUAACAGUAACUUAUCUUCCAAUACAGCAAAAUACAAAACAGAAAAAGAAAUAUGCCAGAUUUGUUGAUUUUAGGGAUGCAGGAUUAUUGUAUUGAAAAGUAAAAACAAACAAGAAUGCAGAUACAGUAAGAAAUGAAGUGUUUUAAUAAACAGUUUACCAUUAACUACUAGUGACAGCAUUAAAAUAUCUGCUGUCUAAAAUGUCAUCAUGGUGUGUUAUAGCUUUUUAGGUUGUAUUAAUGUGAACACAUUCUAAAGCAGGGGUCACCAACGUGGUGCCCGCAGGCACCAGGUCACCCGCAAGGACCACAUGCGUAGCCCGCGGGCCUUUUCUAAAAAUAGCUGUUUCCUACUUUGUUAAAUCAUUGUUGAUA